GAAGGAAAAAAAAAAAGAAUUAUUUUUUUAAAAAGAAGUUCACCAAUUCCUAGGGUUCCAGGAAAUUGCACAGAUUGCGUGAAGUCCACAGAGAGGAAAACCACUGAGUCAAAUCACCGAUUCACUUCGAGUUCGCUCCUCUCUGUCCCCUUUCCCUCUAUGAUCCAACCUCUAUUGGCUUCCGGGAAUAUCGCGUAUUUGAACAGAGAAAUCUAGAAAAAGAGAUUUGUGAAAAUGUGGAGAGAGAGAGAAAGUGGGGUAUGUGUGUCUUUGUUUUUUUGAACGUUGGGAUCGGAGAGUAGAAUACGGGUUUUGUCAAAAUUUUGGAGGGAUUGCAUGCACUCUGUGGGGUUUUGAAUUUUUUUUUGUCUGGAUUGAGCUCAUAUUAGGAUUUGUCUUUUUCUGUGUGGAUUUUGGUUAAUUUUGUAUGCAAUCUAGUGGUGGUGGCGGACCCGGCCGGACUCCGGCAGGGCAUGCGGGGUCCACGUCAUCUGCAGCUUCGCCGACUUCAUCCUCAUCAGCUGCAUCAACACCCCACUUGGGGUUUUAUUCAGUGCACCAGCAGCAGCAGCAGCAGCAGCAACAGCAACAGCAGCAACAACAGCAGCAACAUAUAGGGCCUAGGCAGUUAUUCCAACAACAAUUACUUAGAAAACCUGAAGGAAAUGAAUCCCUUCUAGCUUAUCCAGCUGGUCUACAGGGGAUUAUGGGAGGGAGCAGUUUUGCUUCAUCUCCUGGCUCAAUGCAAAUUCCUCAACAGUCUAGGAAUUUCUUUGACUUGGCUCAACAACCUGGUUCCAGUCAGGAGGGCCAGAAUAGGAGUCAAGGUGUGGAGCAACAAAUGCUAAAUCCUGUUCAGCAGGCUUAUCUUCAAUAUGCCUUUCAAGCUUCCCAACAACGGUCAGCUUUGCAGUCACAGCAACAAGCAAAGUUAGGGAUGUUGGGUGCUUCAUCUGGAAAGGAUCAGGACAUAAAGAUGGGUAAUAUGAAAAUACCGGAACACAUUUCUAUGCAGGCAGCUAAUCAGGCUCAGGCAUCAUCCUCCAAGAACUCUGCUGAACAUUUCUCUCGUGAUGAGAAGCAGAAAGAACAAGGAAAGCAGCUGGCCCCUGAUCAGAGAAAUGAGUCAAAACAAUCUGUCCAGCCAGCAGUUAUUAGACAAUUAAUGCCUUCAAAUAUGGUAAGGCCAAUGUCGAUACAGCAGCCUCAGAAAAACAUUCAAAACUUGUCAAACAACCAGCUUGCAGUGGCUGCACAGUUGCAAGCAAUGCAGGCAUGGGCUGUCGAGCGUAAUAUCGAUUUGUCAAAUCCUGCAAAUGACAAUUUGGUGGCUCAGCUCAUUCCACUCAUGCAGUCUAGGAUGGCUGCACAGUCGAAAGUAAAUGAAAGUAGCAUGGCUGUCACAGCUGCCCCAGUGGGAAAGCACCAGGUUGCUUCUCCCACUGUUGCAAGUGAUAGUUCUCCCCAUACUAAUUCGGGAAAUGAUAUGUCAGGGCAGUCUCUAUCUGUGAAAGCCAGGCAGCCAGCUCCAUUGGGUCCUUUUACUUCGACUUCCAGUUUUGGGGUAGUUAAUAACUUGAACAACACUGCAGGGCAGCAAUUAGCUGUUCCCGUCAAAGAUGGCCAAGUACCUCUAAGACAGUCACACGGGAUCGCAAAUGGGACGCUGUCCAUGCUUCCCCCCCAUUCAUCGCCAAGUGUGGGCUCAGGUGUGGAUCAAUCUUUACCUGCAAAAAAUUCAUCAGGGGGUUCUGACACUUUGCAGAUGCAAUACCUCAGACAGUUGAAUCGAUCAUCUCCAUCUCCACAGCCUGCUGCACGUUCUAAUGAAGGAGGCUCUGGCUCAGGCAACCAUUUCCCAUCACAGGGUGGACCAGCAGUCCAGAUGCCACAUCAGCAUUUUGGGUUCACCAAACAGCAGUUGCAUGUUCUAAAAGCACAAAUUCUAGCAUUUAGGCGAUUGAAGAAAGGUGAAAGCACUCUCCCGCAAGAGCUUCUUCGAGCUAUUGUUCCACCUCCCCUUGAGUUGCAGCUGCAGCAACAGUUUCUUCCUGCUGGAGGAAGUAAUCAGGAAAGAACUUCUGGUAGGACUACAGAGGUCCAAGCUAGGCAUGUGGAGUCCGUAGAGAAGGAUUGUCAGACUCUGGCAUCAACUAAUGGAAAUAACUUUCCAAAAGUGGAAGCUUUUGCAGGGGAUGAAAAAACAACUGUAUCAGCAAUGCAUAUGCAAAAUGCAUCAGCUGCAAUGAAAGAACCAAUAACCUUGGUAGCUACUGGAAAAGAAGAGCAGCAAUCCACUAUUUUUUCUGCUAAGGCGGACCCUGAAGUUGACUGUGCACCUCCAAAAACUCAUACUAAAAGUGAUUUUACAGGAGAUAAGGGAAAGGCUGUUUCGCCACCAGAUGCCAUGUCUGAUGCAAUGCAAUCCAAGAAACCUGUGCAAGCAAGCACUGUUUCUCAGCCAAAAGAUGCUGGCGCUGGUAGAAAGUAUUAUGGACCGCUAUUUGAUGUCCCAUAUUUUACUAGGAAACAUGACUCUGUUGGGUCCACCGGGAUGUUGAAUAACAAUAAUAGUCUAACAUUGGCAUAUGAUGUCAAAGAUUUACUUUUUGAUGAAGGCAUGGAAGUGCUUAAAAAGAAACGGUCAGAAAAUUUGAAAAAAGUAAGUGGUUUACUAGCGGUCAAUUUGGAGCGGAAAAGUAUUGGGCCAGAUCUUGUUUUGCGGUUACAAAUUGAAGAGAAGAAGCUUCGGCUUGUGGAUCUACAGGCACGUUUGAGAGAUGAAGUUGAUCAACAGCAGCAGGAGAUAAUGGCAAUGCCUGACAGGUUAUACAGGAAGUUUGUGCGUUUGUGUGAACGUCAGCGGAUGGAGCUGAUGAGACAAGUACAGGCCUCCCAGAAAGCCAUGAGGGAGAAGCAGUUGAAAUCCAUCUUUCAAUGGCGUAAGAAACUUCUUGAGGUUCACUGGGCCAUUCGUGAUUCGCGAACUGCUCGUAACAGGGGAGUUGCCAAAUAUCAUGAGAAAAUGUUGAGGGAGUUCUCAAAGAGAAAGGAUGAUGACCGAAGUAAAAGAAUGGAGGCAUUGAAGAAUAAUGAUGUUGAAAGGUACAGGGAGAUGCUGCUGGAGCAGCAGACAAGCAUACCGGGUGAGGCUUCAGAGAGAUAUGCUGUUCUCUCGUCCUUUUUGAGUCACACGGAAGAAUAUCUUCAUAAGCUGGGAAGUAAAAUAACAGCUGCCAAAAAUCAGCAAGAAGUAGAGGAGGCAGCAGCAGCAGCAGCUGCUGCUGCUCGGCUGCAGGGUCUCUCAGAAGAAGAAGUGAGAGCAGCAGCAGCUUGUGCUGGAGAAGAAGUAUUCAUAAGAAAUCGCUUUAUGGAAAUGAAUGCCCCCAGGGAUAGUUCAUCUGUUAACAAGUAUUAUAGCCUCGCACAUGCUGUAACUGAAAGGGUUGUGAGGCAACCAUCUAUGUUACGUGCUGGAACCUUACGAGACUAUCAGCUUGUUGGAUUGCAAUGGAUGCUUUCUUUGUAUAAUAAUAAAUUGAAUGGCAUUUUGGCAGAUGAGAUGGGUCUUGGAAAGACUGUCCAGGUUAUGGCAUUGAUUGCUUAUCUGAUGGAAUGUAAGGGGAACUAUGGCCCACAUCUUAUAAUUGUUCCGAAUGCCGUUUUGGUUAAUUGGAAGAGUGAGUUACACAAUUGGCUGCCAUCAGUUUCAUGCAUUUUUUAUGUUGGUGCAAAGGAGCAAAGAUCAAAAUUAUUUUCUCAAGAGGUUUCUGCCCUCAAGUUUAAUGUCCUAGUGACAACCUAUGAAUUCAUCAUGUAUGAUCGCUCGAAGCUCUCUAAAGUUGAUUGGAAGUAUAUUAUUAUUGAUGAAGCACAGCGAAUGAAAGACAGAGAAUCAGUUUUAGCUCGUGAUCUUGAUAGAUAUCGCUGCCAGCGGCGCUUACUGCUAACUGGGACACCAUUACAGAAUGAUUUAAAGGAACUGUGGUCACUUUUAAAUCUACUGCUUCCUGAAGUAUUCGAUAAUCGGAAAGCAUUUCAUGAUUGGUUCUCACAACCCUUUCAAAAAGAGGGUCCGACACAUAAUGCUGAAGAUGACUGGCUCGAGACUGAGAAAAAGGUCAUAAUUAUUCAUCGACUUCAUCAAAUUCUGGAGCCUUUUAUGCUCAGACGUCGUGUAGAGGAUGUGGAAGGUUCACUUCCACCCAAGGUUUCCAUUGUUUUGAGAUGUCGAAUGUCAGCUAUUCAGAGCGCCAUUUAUGAUUGGAUCAAAUCCACCGCCACAAUUCGAGUUGAUCCCGAAGAUGAGAAGUGCAGGGUUCAGAAGAAUCCAAGAUAUCAGGCUAAGGUUUAUAAAACUUUAAAUAACCGGUGUAUGGAGCUUCGAAAAGCUUGUAAUCAUCCUUUGCUCAAUUAUCCCUACUUCAGUGACUUUUCCAAGGAUUUCCUGGUUAGAUCCUGUGGAAAACUGUGGAUCCUGGACAGGAUCCUCAUAAAGCUUCAGAGAACAGGGCAUCGAGUACUGUUAUUUAGUACCAUGACCAAACUUCUUGAUAUAUUGGAGGAAUACUUGCAGUGGAGGCGACUUGUAUACAGGAGAAUUGAUGGAACAACUAGCCUGGAGGAUCGUGAAUCAGCAAUAGUGGAUUUUAAUAGCCCUGAUUCGGAUUGCUUUAUUUUCUUACUUAGUAUUCGAGCAGCUGGACGGGGUCUCAACCUUCAGUCAGCUGACACAGUAAUUAUAUAUGAUCCGGAUCCAAACCCUAAAAAUGAGGAACAGGCAGUUGCUAGAGCACACCGCAUUGGACAGAAGAGAGAAGUUAAAGUCAUAUAUAUGGAAGCGGUUGUUGACAAAAUCUCUAGCCAUCAGAAAGAGGACGAAUUAAGAAGUGGAGGUACUGUUGAUUUAGAAGAUGACCUUGCUGGUAAGGAUAGAUAUAUGGCUUCCAUCGAGGGUCUCAUAAGGAAUAAUAUACAGCAGUAUAAGAUUGACAUGGCUGAUGAGGUUAUUAAUGCCGGGCGUUUUGACCAAAGAACAACGCACGAGGAGAGACGCAUGACUUUAGAGACAUUAUUGCACGAUGAGGAGAGAUAUCAGGAAACCGUACACAAUGUUCCCUCACUGCUGGAGGUAAAUCACAUGAUUGCAAGGACUAAAGAUGAAAUUGAAUUGUUUAAUCAGAUAGAUGAAGAUCUGGAUUGGACUGAGGAGAUGACCAGCUUCGAUCAGGUGCCUAAGUGGCUUCGAGCCAGCUCAAAAGAAGUGAAUGCUGCCAUUGCUAGUCUGUCAAAGAAACCAUGUAAAAAUACCUUAUAUGCUGGAAGUAUUGGUAUUGCGUCUGCUGAAAAGGAACCUGAAAGAAAAAGGGGUCGUCCCAAGGGAAAAAAGUCCCCCAAUUACAAGGAAAUGGAUGAUGAGAAUGGAGAAUACUCUGAAGCAAGUUUUGAUGAGAGAAAUGAAUAUUCUGUGCAUGAAGAAGAGGGAGAAGUUGGAGAGUUGGAAGAUGAUGAAUUUAGUGGUGCUGUUGGGGUACCACCUGUCAUUAAAGAGCAGUCAGAAGACGACGGUCCACAGUGUGCUGGCAGAUAUGGCUAUCAUCAGGCUUUAGAAGGCAACAAAAACCAUGACAUGGUCGAAGAAGCUGGUUCAUCAGGGUCAUCGUCGGACAGCCAAAGAGUUACACAGAUAAUAUCUCCUGUUUCUUCUCAGAAAUUUGGUUCUCUGUCUGCAUUGGAAGCUAGACCAGGUUCCGUUUCUAAAAGGCUGUUAAAUAAUUGCCAGCUAGAUGAAUUAGAGGAGGGGGAAAUUGCGGUAUCUGGAGAUUCCCACAUGGAUCACCAGCAGUCUGGGAGUUGGAAUCAUGAUCGGGAUGAGGGUGAAGAUGAACAGGUUGUGCAACCAAAGAUAAAGCGAAAGCGUAGUAUUCGGCUUCGGCCCCGUCAUACUGUAGAAAGGCUGGAAGAGAAGUCUGGUUAUGAAGCACCAUCUCUACAACUUGGAGAUUCAGGUUUAUCGCCGUUCCAAGUGGACCAUAAAUAUCAACCACAACUGAGGGCUGAUGCAGAAUUGAAAUCACUUGGAGAUCCUAAUGAUUCCAAGUUUGAUCGAAGCGAUUCUGUAAAAAGUAGGCGAACCUUGUCGUCAAGGAGAAUAGCUAAUACAUCAAAAUCACAUCCAUCUUCAAAACCAAGUAGAUUGAAUCUGCAGUAUACUUCUCCAGAAGAUCUUCUUGAUCACCCUAGAGAGAAUUUGGAUUCUAAAGGUACACAGACGAGUGGAACUCCGACGGUUGGUCCUAGAAUGUCUGAUAUACUCCAGAGAAAGUGCAAAAAUGUGAUUGGCAAGUUCCAAAGGAGAAUUGAAAAGGAGGGUCAUCAGAUAGUGCCCCUGCUAACUGAUUUGUGGAAGAAAGUUGAAAAUUCCGGUCAUGCCACUGGAGCUGGCAGUAGUCUUUCGGAUUUAAGAAAGAUCGAUCAGCGCAUUGAAAGACGAGAGUAUGCUGGAGUUAUGGACCUGGUAUUUGAUGUGCAGUUUAUGUUGAAAGGUGCAAUGCAGUAUUAUUCAUACUCACAUGUGGUUCGAUCUGAAGCAAGGAAAGUACAUGAUCUCUUUUUUGAUAUAUUGAAGAUUGCAUUUCCGGAGGCAGAUUUCCGGGAGGCCAGAAAUGCACUCUCUUUUUCUGGCCAGGUAUCCACAUCCACUGCCGCAUCAUCCCCCAGGCAGGUUGCUGUUGGGCAAAGCAAGAAACACAAGUUGAUUAAUGAGGUAGAGCCUGAGAUGGGGAAUCCUCAGAAGCCCAUGGCAAGGAUGCACAUGCCCCAGAAGGAUUCGAGGCUAGGGAGUGGAAAUAUUACCGGCCGGGAUCAAUGCCAGCCGGAUGAUUCUCCACGGCUCACUCAUCCUGGAGAGCUGGUUAUCUGCAAGAAAAAGAGGAAAGAGAGGGAAAAAACUCUGGUGAAGUCUAGGAGUGGAUCAACUGGCCCUGUCUCACCUCCCAGCGUGAGUUGUAAUAUGAGAAGUACAGGGUCAGGGUCAGGGUCGGUAUCCAGGGAUGUGAGACUGAGUCAUCAAGCUACCCAGCAAGUAUGGGCUAACCAGCCAGCUCAACCAGCAAAUGGUGCUCGUGGGAAUGUUGGCUGGGCAAAUCCUGUAAAAAGGUUGAGGACGGAUGCAGGUAAAAGGAGGCCAAGCCAUUUAUGAGUUUUGAAAGAGGAUAAGUCUGUUAAUGUAAUGGAAGAACGUCUUCAAAUUCUUCAUGGAGUACACAGGUGCUGAGUUUGAUCAGUGACCUUGGCAGCUUGAACAAGUGUAGUCAGCUCAUGCUCUGUUAACAUAGUUUAGGUGUUUGUUUUGCCAUUGUAUAAUGCUCUCAGCAAAUGGAAUUCAAUAGGUUGUCAUAUCUGCGCAUUGUAGGUAUUCCUGUGCUUCCAUACCAGUGAAUUCUUAUGAAAAGAAUUCAGAUAGUUUUAAGUAGAUUUAUUGUAUUUAUGCAAUCACUGGUUGAAUGCAUUAUUUUCAUCUUUGGCCAUUGACUAUGGUGGUUUCAUGCAAUAACAGCAGUAGCAGCACAUCCACUGCUUUUGUCUCA